AACUCUACCCAUCUCCUCAACAUUUUUCACUUCCUCGUCUUUUCUCUCUCUAUUUCUCUGAGCUGAAGAUAUCUGCAGAAAAGUAAAGUUCAAAAAAACACUAUGGCUCACUCAUAUGUGGCGUUACGAUCACCUUCAACAUUUCCCAGACUCAACACUUCCAUUUUCGACCACAAAUUCACUUCUCGCUCCUCUCAUUCUCUCUUUCUCUCUCCUCCAUUCAACCCUCUUUCUCCCAGGGUUUUAAAAGCGAGUAAUUCUUCCGAAAAAUUUCGUCGAACUUCGAACGUUAAAACGUUACAUUGUGAUGGAUUUGGGACUCCUCGAAGAAAUGAUCGCUCUAGCAUUUGGUCCAAUAGAUUUCCGGUUUCAAUUUCCAGGAAUGGCUUGUCCUUACAUGUCCUUAAACGAAAGUUUCAAGCGUCUCUUCGUUCUGUAGAAUCUACAAGCAACAGUAUUGUGACACCCCCAGGACAGCAGUCUGAGAUCAUAUUUGUGGGGACCGGAACAAGUGAGGGCAUACCACGUGUAAGCUGCUUGACUGAUCCUGUCAAGAUUUGUUCGGUAUGCAAGAAAGCAGCGGAGCCAGAUAGCAAGAAUAGGAGACUCAACACAAGCAUCCUGAUCCGUUUUAAUGGAUCUUCUGGGAUACACAAUCUUCUUAUCGAUGCUGGGAAGUUUUUUUACCAUAGUGCUCUUCGUUGGUUCCCCACCUAUGGGAUAAGAACAAUUGAUGCGGUUAUUAUUACUCAUUCGCAUGCUGAUGCUAUUGGAGGCCUUGAUGACCUUCGGGACUGGACCAACAAUGUUCAGCCCUCCAUUCCAAUAUAUGUUGCAAAGCGUGAUUUUGAGGUAAUGAAGAAGACCCAUUACUAUCUGGUUGAUACAAGUGUAGUUUUAAAAGGUGCUGCUGUCUCGGAAUUGCAGUUUAUUAUUAUUGACGAGGAGCCUUUCAGUGUGCAUGAUCUGAAGAUCACUCCAUUACCUGUGUGGCAUGGCCGGGGCUAUCGCUCUCUUGGUUUUCGUUUUGGUAACAUCUGUUACAUUAGUGAUGUUAGUGAUAUCCCUGAUGAAACUUACCCACUCUUGGAGGAUUGUGAACUCUUAAUUCUGGACGCUUUGAAACCUGAAGGAUCUACUCCAACGCAUUUUGGACUUCCAAGGGCGUUGGAUGAAGUACGAAAAAUCCAACCCAAGAGGACACUUUUUACUGGCAUGAUGCAUCAUAUGGAUCAUGAAGAAGUCAAUGCGUACUUGUUGAAAUUGAAGGAUUCAGAAGGACUUGAUGUGCAACUGAGCUAUGAUGGACUGCGUGUGCCUAUAAAUAUCUAGUCACCUUUUCUUUGGCAGGUUUCCCGUCUAUGUAAACUACACUAUAAUGCUCACAAUUAUUUGUCUGGAGAGGGAUCCCUUCAGUUCGAACAUAUAAAUUAAUGCUAAUUGUUGAUGGGGUCUAUGAAAAGGUAGUAAUUCUUUUGGUGAUCUAAGAACUUUCACCUCAAAAGUGUAGUUAUCAUCUAAAGCACAUUGUGGCAUAACGGAUUAUUUAUCUCUGUUAUAUGAGCAAACUCUUGAGGAAUUUGUUGUCCA